UUUUGUAAGCUUUCACUUUCAAAUGGUGGAAGGAAUCAGUGCAGGAUUCUUCUGUCUGGGAGUGCUGAGUGUCCCAGUUCCUGGUCAACUGAGACCUCUGCAACCUGUGUUCGGCUGUGCUUCUCUGCUCUACUGGAACCACCUGCCUCUCAGACAAGAGGAGCCUGUGGCACCAACGUUGGAUCUGGAGCAGGCUUCAGGGCUUGAGCAUGUGCAAUCUCUGAGAGCAGAUUUGGGGCUGGCUGAGGUCUCACAGUAUAGAGCUCCAGAAGUCCCAGGUUUUCAACAGAUGGGGCCAAACAUGAAAUAUCUGUGAGGAAUCCUGGCACAGCUAAACCAGAGAUGUGGAUAUUAGGGAGCGAGCUCAGGAGGUAUGUGGGUUCGUGGAAGUGAUGACCGAGUGGCAGUGGGUGUUCCUGAAGAUGCCCUGGAGAGUGUGUGAGUUGAGAAGAGCAGAGAAAGAUGGAUCAUGGAAUGAAAUUCCUCCUACCCCUCUGGGUGAUGGAAUUCCCACCCUCAUGGUAGGGAGCAGUGCCUGUCCUCUGGACCUGUCACAGGUCCCCAUGAUCCCCAUGGCAGGACCCCUUACAUUAAUUCUUGUAGGGAUCACUCCCCCAAGAAGCCCCCAAAAUGCAAUGCUUCCCUGGAGUUGUGUACAGGAAGGUUCUGCUGGAAUCUCUGGGUUCUGGGUGGCCUCCCUGGGUUCUCCAGCUUUUCUCUUCAGGUGCGGGCUCUGCCCCUCAAGUGCACAUCACAGGGCCAGAGAAGGAUGGGUUCGAAUUGUGUGCAUGGCCUCGGGGUGGUUCCCAAAGCCCCAAGUGCAGUGGAGAGCUCUAAGUGGAGAGAAGUUCCUGACGUUCUCUGAGACCCAAGCCCAAGGGCUGUUCACCAUAAAGGCAAUUCUUGUGGUGAGGGACAGCUCUUCAGGGAAUGUGACCUGCUCAGUCCUCAACCCCAUCUUGGGCCAGGAGAAGGCAAUGGCCAUGUUCAUCCCAGAACCCUUCUUCUCUUGGAGUUCUCCCUGGAAGCUAGCUUUCAUGGUGAUCCUGACUGUGCUGAUGCUCCUACUCCUUGGGGCUGCCUUUUACAUCAUGAGAGAACAUACUGCAAAGCUCCAGGAGAUGCAGGAAUGGGAGAAACCACACAGAGAACAGGAGGAGGACCAGCAGAUAAAGGAGGAGGCACUGAAGGCCAGAGAUGAACUCCAAGGAGAUCUUGACUGGAGGAAAUCUGUUUACCUGCCUGUGUCACCUGUAACACAGAGAGGAGUCAAUAAUAUGCAGAUUUGUUCUGGCUCCUGUCUCACCAGGGUGUCUUCCCUUUCAACCCUGAAGAAGGCAAAACUGUAUGCAGAUUGGCAGAAGGAGAAGUUUCAGGCCUGUGAGUUACUUCUGCUGUUUGGUUGCUCCUACUGCUAUCCCAUGGCUGCUGAUACCUCCUUCAGCUUGCUGUGGUGAUACAGAUGCUGGCAUCAUCAAUGGUGUGACUGUCAGUCUGGAUCCAGAGUCUGCCCAUUCCAGCCUUGCUGUCUCUGAUAACAAGACUAGUGUGACCUGGAAAAACUUACCCAAGGGCUCAGAACAUGGAGUCUAUAGUGUCUUGGGUCAUGAAGGCAUCACAUCA